UGUGCCAGGCUGGUUUCGUCACUGUCAAGUGUCAGUGUCAAAUCCUCGCGUGUUCAUAUUGUUUGUAAAAAUCACAAAUUGUAAAUGUAAACAAUACUUAAAAUACUUUACUUAAAAUUUUAUGAUUAGAAUCAGUAGAAAUAAAUAAGAUUUAGUCAAAACGGAACCAUGUCUAUCGAAAUAGAAUCUGCAGAUGUGAUAAGGCUCAUUCAGCAGUACCUGAAAGAGUCCAAUUUGACAAAAACAUUACAAACACUUCAGGAAGAAACAGGGGUAUCACUGAACACAGUGGACAGUGUGGACGGGUUCUGUGCAGACAUCAACAACGGCCACUGGGACACAGUGCUGAAGGCCACCGCCUCACUCAAGCUGCCUGAGAGAAAACUCAUGGAUUUGUAUGAGCAGGUGGUGCUGGAGCUGAUCGAGCUGCGCGAGCUGGGCGCGGCGCGCUCGCUGCUGCGGCAGACGCACCCGUGCCUGCUGAUGAAGCAGCACGAGACGGACCGCUACCUGCACCUGGAGUCGCUGCUGGCGCGCUCGUACUUCGACCCGCGCGAGGCGUACGGCGGCGGCGGCGGCAAGGAGCGGCGCCGCGCGGCGAUCGCGGCCGCGCUGGCCGGCGAGGUGUCGGUGGUGCCCAGCUCGCGGCUGCUGGCGCUGCUCGGGCAGGCGCUCAAGUGGCAGCAACACCAGGGCCUGCUGCCCCCGGGUACAACAAUCGAUUUGUUCCGAGGUAAAGCCGCCAUCCGAGACGAAGAGGACGACCAGUGCCCCACACAGCUCUCCAAGAUCAUCAAGUUCGGGCAGAAGUCGCACGUGGAGUGCGCGCGCUUCUCCCCGGACGGGCAGUACCUGGUGACGGGGUCGGUGGACGGUCUGGUCGAGGUGUGGAACUUCACCACCGGCAAGAUCCGCAAGGACCUACGCUACCAGGCGCACGAGGAGUUCAUGAGCAUGGAGGAGGCCGUGCUCAGCCUCGCCUUCGGCCGCGACUCCGACACGCUCGCUGCUGGCGCCAACGACGGCAAGAUUAAGGUGUGGAAGGUGUCCAGCGGCCAAGUGCUGCGGCGCCUCGACCGUGCGCACGCCAAGGGCGUCACCAGCCUGCAGUUCUCGCGAGACAACUCGCAGAUCCUGUCCGCCUCGUUCGACCGCACCGUGCGCAUCCACGGCCUCAAGUCCGGCAAGAUCCUGAAGGAGUUCCGCGGCCACACGUCGUUCGUGAACGAGGCCGUGUUCACGCCGGACGGGCACGGCGUGCUCAGCGGCUCGUCCGACGGCAGCGUGAAGCUGUGGGCGGUGCGCUCGGGCGAGUGCUCGGCCACGCUGAAGCCGCUGGGCGGCGGCGGCGGCGGCGCCGAGCCCGCCGUCAACUCGCUGCUGCUCACGCCCAAGAACCCCGACCACUUCGUGGUGUGCAACCGCACCAACACGGUGGCGAUCAUGAACAUGGCGGGGCAGAUCGUGCGCUCGUUCUCGUCGGGGCGGCGCGAGCAGGAGGGCGGCGCGCUGGUGGCGGCGGCGCUGUCGGCGCGCGGCCGCCUGGUGUACUGCGCGGGCGAGGACCUGGUGCUGUACGCCUUCUGCGCCCACAGCGGCAAGCUGGAGCGCACGCUCACGGUGCACGACAAGGCCGUCAUCGGGCUGGCGCACCACCCGCACCAGAACCUGCUGGCCACCUACGGCGAGGACGGGCUGCUCAAACUUUGGAAACCCUGAUGUGACUGCUUGUGGCUAUCUUGUUACUAUUUUUAAGACCUAGAAUUCUAUUGUAAAAUAAAUUAUGUAAGCCUGAUGACAUGUUAUU